AUGUCUCAGGAGGCGCCAGACGAGCCGCCGACCAAGCGCCAGAAGUUCACACCUAUACCAGAGCCGGAGCCGAUGGCAUCAGCUGAGGACAUAGCCGUGGCAGAAGCGGCGGCGGCGGCAGCAGCAGCAGCACAAGGACUACACAGGCAUACUUCGGGUUCCCAACUCCAAGUGCGUCAGCAGCAGCAGCAGCAGCAGAAACAUGCGCAGGAGCCUGUUCCCCGGCCUACAAUCGUGGAUGUUGAGAGUGGUAAUAGGGAAGAAAUGUUGCAGAGUGAUGUCUCUUCGUCAUCCGACUCCUCAUUGUCAGAUGGCGAUGCAGAUAUUCCAUACUCCAUGACCAACAACCCUCACCCGACAGUGGAAGCUCCCUUGUCUGUUACUGCCAGCACACCCAAUGGCUCACAAAAUAUACUGCCUGCGCCCACUUCAGAGAAGCCAGAUGUCAGGGUGAAAACGCCCUCUACCCCUGUCCCAGCCUCCGUGAUAUUCCCUGCGCAAGACCCAUUGCCUGGCGCAAUGCCACCCCGAGGGAGCUCCGCAACCAAUGGACUCGAGAUGCAACCAUUUAUUUCUCAAGGGGGGAACUUGCUCCUGAACCCUGCACUUCGUGUCUGCGCGGGAGGGGGCCCUUUGAACAACACGCUUGAGACUAACAUGACCCCUCCAGAUCCUGACCAUAUCGUACUUGGCCAUGCUCACCCGACUCCUUCAAAGCUCGGGAACAAGAGGGCCUCCAUAGUUCCACGAACCCCACGCACUCCCAAUACGCCAUCGUCUGCUACGCCCUCAAAUCCCACGGCAAUUCGCCCCCUGCCUUUACAUGAACACUCCUUUAAUCCCCAUCGCAACACCAUCAAUGGAAAUGCUAGCAACGACAUAAGGAGCAACGUACACAACGGUGCUCGCGGUCACGACAACAUCAACCCCAACCAUAACCAAACCCAAAGCCAUAACCAAAGCCAAAGCCAUAACCACAGCCAUAACGUCAACCACAUGAACAGCCCUCAGCCUAACGCCAAUCAGGCGGCCGGUAAUAACGGAACACAAUCCGCGAAUAAUCUCCCGGUUUCUCCCGCGCAAACCAAUCCAUCAUCUGUUGCGCCAUCCCCUCCAAACCCGCCGAGCAACAAACCUCUCCCUCCGCCCUCCACUAAAUCUCAACCACACCGUACCAACCCAUUUCCGCAUCACUGCUACUUCAAUAUCCCUGAAAAGCUUAAUGGCAGCAAUCUGACCGAGGUCCUUAAAGCUAUUCAGGAAAUGGAAGCAGUACGAGCAAAACUCAGAGAGCGAGCUGCUUUUUUAGAGCAGCUGGGUGAUACCUGGUAA